CGGGAGGCCAGAUAGGUUUUUCCGGACUCCUCAUAUUUUUAUCGUUCAUCCUCUCAAAUCUCUACGCCGCCUUAAGUCCUGAAUCUUAUACCAUGGCUCGCAGAAGCUCAGGAGGUCGAUCUGCCCGCCCAGCUCCUCGUCGGGCUCCAGCACCAGCACCAGUUCGCCAGGCUCCUCCCCCGGCUCCUGCACAAAGUGGAAGCGGUGGAUCCAUGCUUGGAGGGAUUGGAUCAACCAUAGCCCAGGGAAUGGCUUUUGGAGGUGGAAGUGCUGUUGCACACAGGGCCGUGGAUGCUGUGAUGGGUCCUCGCACCAUUCAACAUGAAACGGUAGCCUCUGAGGCCUCUGCUGCUCCAGCAUCCAUGGCUAGCUCUGAUGCAUGCAGUAUUCACUCUAAGGCUUUCCAAGAUUGUGUCAACAACUUUGGAAGUGAGAUCAGCAAGUGCCAGUUCUACAUGGAUAUGCUGUCCGAGUGUAGGAAGAACUCUGGCAUGUUGAGUGCCUAGUGACCAUCUCUUUGGCUUUGGCUUUGCGAAGCAAUGAGACCUGAUUUGAACUUUUCGGCUAUGUCAUCUUAUAAUGUGCUAGUCAUGAUGGUUAUUAGUAGUGCCCUUUGGGUUAAUCCUUUCUGAAUGGUGCUAAAACAUUAUGCACGGCAUAUUAUGGUUAUUGAACUGGAUCCUGGUGCUUGUUUCAAUCAUCCAUCUGUGGAAUGAUUUCUUUAUAAAUAAAUUUAUUGGAAGUUAUGGGUACUAC